GGCGUUCCGGGAGCGCCUCUGCUGCGCGCCCUGUGGCAGAGCCCGUGGUCUCCGGGCAGGAUCUGGGCUGGGCUGACCCGGGUGCUCGGCCUGUGGGCGCGGCGCAAGCGGCUCCAGCGCCGACGGCGGCUGGCAGUACGGGCCCCUUGCUGCCCCUGUGCUGUCAGAUCUAGGCCCCGGGUUGUGGGAACAGGGCCCCAAUUGCCUCCAGCCCCCCCCGUGCCUGGAUCGGUGCCGGGCUCCCCUGCGCCCCGGCUGCAGCCCAGGCGGCUCGCCAAAGAGCCAGGAGGUUGGCAGCAGGCGAGCCACUUCCAGUGCCGCUUCCCCCGGCUCCCGCACUUGCGCCUCACGGCCCAGCCCAAUCGGAAACUGAGCAGCGGGCGCGGGACUGGGCGAGGCGCCGGCGCCGUCCCGGGCCAGAAGACGGAAGGCCCUUCGCGCUCCCCCACAGCGACCGCGGCGGAUCCCGCGACUCCGGGAGCUGGGGCUUCCCCGAGACCGCAGGCCCCGGUCCGGACUACAGCUCCCAGCGGCCCCGGCGCCGGAGGGGUCGGCCCGGGCAGGCGCCCGCCCCGCACGCCGCAGCCAUGGCCGAGGAGGUGGAGAGGAAGCCGGUGCUGGAGACGGUCCAGGCAGAAGGGACAGAUGGAGACUGUGUCACAUUUGUGUUGCAUGAUGAGGACCACACACUUGGCAACUCUCUCCGUUACAUGAUCAUGAAGAACCCUGAAGUGGAGUUCUGUGGUUAUUGCAUCACUCAUCCCUCUGAAAGCAAAAUUAACUUCAGGAUCCAGACCAGAGGGGGGAUCCCAGCUGUUGAGCCAUUCCGGAAAGGGCUGACGGAUUUGAUGGAUGUCUGCCAACAUGUGCUCAACACAUUUGAGACCCACAUUGAUCCUCUGCUGUUUACAAGUGGGAGCUCCAGGCGAGCGUGAAGGAAUACAAGGCCCAGAAGGAGGCAGAAAUGGAUUAGCCCCAUCAGACAGAUGUGUGUGUAUAUAGGGCUUAUUUAUGCUUAAUGGGAAGAGGUUUAUUUUUUAUGGCAGUUCUGAAGACGACCCUGCAGUUUUUCUAAUAAACAGUGUAGAGCACAGACCACACCACGUUCCACUCCAUUCGAAUUCAACAUGGAUAUGGGAAAAAAGAGUUUCUUUGGGCCUGAUUCUGAUGUCCUCUGUGUUGUUUUUAUUCCCUCAUUUUCCCCUAUGUCAGGGAGAAUAAAAUUAAGCUAAGUGCAUUUGCAGAUAGAA